AUAUAUAUACAUACACACACACAAUAAUGACUUCCCAAUAUGAGUUUGUGAGAGCGCAAGACUGAAUAGCGGAAGUUUCUCUCUUUCUUUCCAAUCUCGUUCUAACCAAACACUUCCCUCUAGCAAGCAUUCCACCCAGUGAUCAAAGAGGAGAGAGAGAACUCAAAGUAGAGUAAGAUGCUGAGUGCGUCCACUCCGACUCAGAUGCCCCCCAGCGGAGAGGACAUUUCUGGUUCUGACAGGGGGUCAGAGGUCAGUGUUCCAACUCCAGCCACAGACCGCUUCGGCUUCAUCCUGGUGAAUGGAUCCACUGCCGGGAGUGAAGGCCCUGCUCCUGAGCUCGUUAGACAGAGAGAGACUAAGUGGAUCAACAUCAUCAGCCAAUGGGAUCGUGUCUUACUAAAGAAGUCCAGCAAGGUCAAAGAGCAGUGUCAGAAAGGCAUCCCAGCAUCCCUCAGGGCUAAAUGUUGGCCACUGCUGUGUGGCGCCACAGACAGAAUGCACCGCAACACGGACCUCUACCAGACUCUGGACUCCAGGCCUGCCCUACAGAGCUGUGUGGACGUUAUCGAGAGAGACUUAGACCGCCAGUUCCCCUUCCAUGAGAUGUUCCUCUCCAGAGAUGGCCAUGGGCAGCGUGGUCUGUUCCGCGUGCUGAAGGCCUUUACUCAGCUGAAGCCUGACGAGGGAUACUGUCAGGCCCAGGGACCUGUAGCAGCUGUACUGCUGAUGAACAUGCCUACUGAGGAGGCAUUCUGGUGCCUGGUACAGAUUAGUGAACAGUACCUCCCUGACUACUACAGCCCCCUUCUGGAGGGGGUUCUCUUUGAUGCGGCCAUGCUGACCUGGGUGCUGAAGAAGACAUGUCCCGCAACCCACAAGCAUCUGCAGAGACACGGCGUGGAGCCUCUGAUGUUCGCCACCGAUUGGCUGAUGUGCCUGUUCACACGUCAUCUGCCAUUCAACACCCUCCUCCGAGUCUGGGACCUGUUCUUCUGCUACGGAGUGCGUGUGUUGUUCCAGGUGGCGGUUGUGUUGGUGCGCAGGGCUCUGGGCCGGGUGGAGCAGAGGGAGGAGUGCGAGGGGCAGAUGGAGACUCUGGAGAGGCUGAGGGGUGUGAGGGAGCAGGUGCAGCAGGAGGACGAUACCUUCAUCGGAGAGGUGUGUUCUGUCCCUCUUUCGGGUAAGGAUCUGGAGAGGCAGACGGAGAAAGAGCUGGAGAAGUGGAGGAAGGAACGGCCUGCCUCCACUUUUGAUCCCCGGGGUCGUUGCCAUGGAUAUCGGAUGGCAUGGGCGAGGGCUCGAGAGAGGGAGGAGGAGAGGAACAGGAAGGAGAGGGCGAAAGGAAACCUGUCCAUCCCACCGAUUCGCUCGCCCUCCCUCCUCUCUCUCUCUCCCUCGCUCCUCCGCAAGAAGUGGAAGAGAGGGAGCAAAACAGACACAGGGGAGUGGGAGGGGGGAGGCAGAGAGGUGAGGAAGGUAUCAAAGGAGGUGUGGGAGGAGAGAAGCGAGGGAGGGGAUCUGAGGAGAGGAAGUGAGAAGGAUGGUAGUCCAGUGAGGGCCCAGGGUGUUCCACCUCCUGCUACAGAGGACAGGGAACCAGUGGAACUGAGAGAACCGUUAGAACACAAAGAACCAUCAGAACAGGACAGAACCCAAAAGACCCAGAUGACCCCAGAUUCAGCCGGAGUAGCGUCCCAGCAGCGUGAGCUCACAUCUGACCCUCGCGUCACCUCACAGGGCCAGGAGGAGGAGCAGGGUGGUUUCAACGAGACACAGGCCUCUGAGCAGCACAGCGACAGCCAGUCACAGGAAACUAACCACAGUAAAGGCUCCAUGGAAACACAGGAAGUACUGAGCAAACAGUCAACAGAGAGUGCACGUGUCGUCACAGAGCACAUAGUGACAGAGACAAAGGGUGAGGCAGAGGAAUGCAAGGAGACAGAGACACAUGCAGAAGCCAAGACAGAGGAGGAAACAGUGACAGAGAUCCAGAUUCACACAGAAGCCAAGACAGAGGAAGAAACAGUGACAGAGAUCCAGAUUCACACAGAAGCCAAGACAGAGGAAGAAACAGUGACAGAGAUCCAGAUUCACACAGAAGCCAAGACAGAGGAGGAUAUGGAGGCUAAGGUACAGAAAGGACAACACACAGAUAAAAGUGUAGGAACAGAGACAGAUAUGGGGUCAAAAACAGAGACUCAAACAGAUGUUAAUGCAGACACUGAGACAGACACCGAGGCCGACAUGCAACAAGAGGCAGAUACAAACUUAGAGGCAGAAACAGACAUUGGGUCACUGAGAGAGAGAGACAAAGAGACGAACACAGAGACUGAUACCAACAAGGAGAUAGAGGCACGUACAGAGACACAGUCACACAAAGGGGCAGCAAUGGAGACACACACGGACAAAAAAUCUGAGGCAGAGAGACAAACAGAGGUAGAAACUGAGGAAGAGGCACAUACAGAAACAGAGACACAGGGAGAUAAUGAGUCAGCGAUGCACAUAGAGGCAGACAUAAGAGUAGAGGCAGACUUGGGGUCACAGAUGGAGGCUGAUACACACAUAGAGACAGAGAAAGAGUCAGAGGUAGGGACAGAGACAGGGACAGAGACGCGCACAGAGGAAACUACUGACACAGGGAUAGAGGAAGCCACUGACACAGGGAUAGAGGAAGCCACUGACACAGGGAUAGAGGAAGCCACUGACACAGGGAUAGAGGAAACCACUGACACAGGGAUAGAGGAAACCACUGACACAGGGAUAGAGGAAGCCACUGACACAGGGACAGAGGAAACCACUGACACAGGGAUAGAGGAAACCACUGACACAGGGACAGAGGAAACCACUGACACAGGGACAGAGGAAACCACUGACACAGGGAUAGAGGAAGCCACUGACACAGGGAUAGAGGAAGCCACUGACACAGGGAUAGAGGAAGCCACUGACACAGGGAUAGAGGAAGCCACUGACACAGGGAUAGAGGAAGCCACUGACACAGGGACAGAGGAAAUCACUGACACAGGUAUAGAGGAAACCACUGACACAGGGAUAGAGGAAACCACUGACACAGGGAUAGAGGAAGCCACUGACACAGGGACAGAGGAAACCACUGACACAGGGAUAGAGGAAACCACUGGCACAAACACAGGGAUAGAAGAAACCACUGACACAAACACAGGGAUAGAGGAAACCACUGACACAGGGAUAGAGGAAGCCACUGACACAGGGAUAGAGGAAACCACUGACACAAGCACAGGGAUAGAGGAAACCACUGACACAGGGAUAGAGGAAGCCACUGACACAGGGAUAGAGGAAACCACUGACACAAGCACAGGGACAGAGGAAACCACUGACACAGGGAUAGAGGAAACCACUGACACAGGGAUAGAGGAAACCACUGACACAAGCACAGGGAUAGAGGAAACCACUGACACACAGGGAUAGAGGAAGCCACUGACACAGGGAUA